AUGACUAGCUGGCUGCACUUCCGAAUUGCAGAUUCAGAAAUAAGGGAGCAAAUUGUUUGCAAAGAGCCCGAAGUCGGGGCAGCUAAGCUUAUACAACGCUUCCAUUUCAUCGGCUAUAAUGUGGAUCAGCUCAUAUGCCUUGAGUCGUCCCUCCCUGCUUCAAACUUCUCCUAUCUUCUACAACGCAAUUCAAAAUCUGUUUUGCUACAGUGGGUGGAUCGCACUGUCAGGGAAUCACAGGGCGGAUUGGAAAUGCUGAUGAUUGCAAUUCUCGUUACAUGCGUAUGUACGUCGAGUGCUGCUUUCGAUUAUUGGCGACUUCUGCAACGCUUCAAACCCAUAGAAAAAAUUCUCAAGUAUCCAUAUGUAGUGCAUGCAGAGAUAGAGAACAUAGGAUUACAUUCGGUUGCCAUAAAAACAUUAAAAGUCUUGAAACAAGCAAUAAAGCAUCAACAAUUUAUAUUUACUACGUAUGUUCCUACGCCUUACAAGAAGGGUAGAGUCGACGUUAAUCUCACGGUGGGACUAGAUUAUCUCCUAGGAGUCUUUGAAAGUUUGCGAUUCGCCAGUGCGUGCCGUCAAGUUUUUUCCAAGUAAAACUUGGAUUGUGACCGGGUCAGAUGACAGGCACGUCAAAAUCUACGACUACACCACAUCGCUCCUAGUUCACCAGUUUCGGGCUCACUCAGACUACCUCAGGUGGGUGAACUUGAUUUAUGCCAAUAUGGUUCGUUUUUUGCAUUUUUGAAUUUCUGAUUUUUUAUGUUUUCUUUCUUUUUUUGCCUCUACUGGGUUGUUACUAAAGAGGGGGCGGUGAGAUUGCGGCC